AUGAGUGGAAGACAGCGCCUACUCGAGAGCUCGGUCGCUACAGACCCUAGCAAUACACGACGAUCAAAAACAAGCGCACUGUGGUUUUGGGUAUUAAUAGCAUCGAUGGUGGCACUAACAACGGUUAACUUCUUUCUCGCAAAUAUAGCUUCGUUCGUUAGUGGGUUAGCUAAUUUGCAUGAGCCACAGGUUGGUGCAAUAAAGCCUACUGUAACUCAUCAUACAUUGGAUUGUAACGAAAAUGCAAGAAAAUCAUCGAAGAAACUUUACGAAUUGCUUUAUGAUUUUGAAGCUUCACUUUAUGAUGAUGAAAACAUGAUCCUGGGCUCUACCAAAUUCUACCCCAACACUUAUUCCAAACAACCCUAUGUGUCCAAUGGGUACAUAGGUUCGCGUAUACCAAAUAUAGGAUUUGGGUACGCGGAGGAUACUUUGAACCUUUGGACUGGCUCUGGUGAUGAGAUUCCCGGGGCCCUAAAUAAUGGUUGGCCUCUUAGAAAUCGGAGGUAUGCGGGAGCGUUUGUCUCUGAUUUUUACUGUUUACAGGAAUCGCUGAAUUCUACCAAUUUCCCAGAGCUAGAUGAAAAGGGUUAUACAACUGUAAUCUCUAGCAUACCACAGUGGACAAAUUUACAAUUCACCAUUGACGAUGAUUCAGUUUGGUUUAAUCCGCAAAACGUUUCACUAGAUGAAGUCUCCAAUUAUAACCAAAACAUGUCCAUGCGUAACGGUGUGGUGACGACCCAGCUCGACUGGCUCGACGGUAUGAUUAACGUGAGAAGUGAAAUUGUUACACACAAGAAACAUUACGCGCUUGGGAUGAUGUCGCUUGAGAUCUCGCUCAAUCUCGAUAGGUUACCGCCGGAAGUUCCUUACAUGGACGUCAACGUUUAUGAUGUGUUGGAUUUCAGUACUUCUCAUCGCACAGUUUUGCAAUCUCUGGGGUUUGAUAAGGAAAACCAGGGGAUAUUUAUGAUCGUUGAACCCGAGAAUGUUCCAUACUCCAAUGCAGCAGUAUUUUCAUCUUCCACAGCGGAUGAUUCUGCCAAUUUUACGUGGUCUGAAGAAUAUUCAACCGAUGAAAAGAUCGUGCAAUCUACACACGCCAAUUUAACUCGUGAAAACCCCAAAAUUGCCGUCAAGAAAUAUGUUGGGAUCAUGUCUACUGAGUUCAAUACAAAUAGUGCCCAUAACGUCUCCAACAUCGAGUUCGCCAAGAGUGUCUCUUCUCGCAGUCGUGGUAGGUACGACGAAUUGAUGUCUACCAAUACAAAAGCAUGGGCGGCUAUUUAUAACGAUGCCUUCAUCGAAAUUCCAUCAGAUGCUUUACUUGAAAUGACGGCAAGGUCUUCCCUGUACCAUCUUUUGGCCAAUACCAGAACCUUCAACGUAUCAGCAGAUAGAGGGCUACCAGUGCCAGUGUCUGGUUUAUCUUCAGACUCCUACGGAGGCAUGGUCUUUUGGGAUGCUGAUAUUUGGAUGCAACCUGCCCUGUUGCCCUUCUUCCCGGAUAUUGCAAAGAACAUGAACAAUUACAGAAACGCGUCGCAUCAACAGGCCCGUUUGAACGCUCAGGAGAAUGGGUAUCCAGGUGCAGUGUAUCCAUGGACCUCGGGAAGAUACGCAAACUGUACUUCCACUGGACCAUGUAUCGAUUAUGAAUAUCACAUUAAUGUCGAUGUUGCAUUGGCAUCAUUCUCCAUCUAUAUGAAUGGCGGAAAAGGUGUUGAUGAUGACUAUCUGCGUUACACCACUUGGCCCAUGGUAAGGGAUGCAGCCGAGUUCUUCACGGUUUACGUCAAGUUCAAUGAAACUUUGGGCAAGUAUGAGACUUACAAUCUGACCGACCCUGACGAAUUCGCUAACCACGUUAAUAAUGGUGCAUUCACGAACGCCGGUAUUAAGACUUUACUGAAAUGGGCAACCGAUAUAGGCUAUCAUCUGGGAGAAUACGUGGAUCCUAAAUGGAUUGAUAUCGCUAAAAAAAUUUAUAUCCCAAGAUCAUGCUCUAACAUUACACUAGAGUAUUCAGGAAUGAACAGUUCAGUGGAGAUUAAGCAGGCUGAUGUCCCGCUCAUGGUCUAUCCUCUUGGUUACAUUACAGAUGAGUCGAUCUUGAACGGUGCCAUCAAGGAUUUGUACUACUACUCCGAGCGUCAAUCUGCAUCUGGCCCAGCCAUGACUUAUCCAGUCUUUGUUGCCGCGGCAGCUGGUUUACUCAACCAUGGUUCCUCGUCUCAAAGUUACUUGUACAAAUCUGUUCUACCAUAUCUCAGAGCACCGUUUGCACAGUUCAGUGAACAAUCGGAUGACAACUUUCUAACCAACGGUCUCACGCAACCAGCCUUCCCCUUCUUAACUGCGAAUGGUGGCUUUUUACAAAGUAUUUUAUUUGGUCUGACGGGAUUACGGUACUCCUAUGAAGUGGAUUCGAGUACAAAAAAGAUUUCACGUCUAUUGAAAUUCAAUCCCGUGGAAUUACCGCUCUUGCCGGGGGGUAUCGCCAUCAGAAAUUUCAAAUACAUGAAUCAAGUUCUCGAUGUCAUCAUAGAUGAUAAUAACGGUACCAUUGUUCAUAAAUCUGGAGAUCAACCAAUAAGGGUUAAGGUUCCUGAUCGAAGUUAUAUUCGUGACCAGGAUAUCAGUUUCUAUUUGGGGGGUAAUAGCAGCGGCCAUGAUGAUUGCUUCAACAAUUUCAUUGAGGGAGGUGAAGGAGACAGACCCGUAAGCGCUUUUGGUACUUACUACACCAUCAAUCCAGGCGAAGAGCUGGUGUUACCACUCUUCAAACCAGGUUUAAACGUUGAGGGCAAUAUCGCCGAAAGUAAGCAGGUGACGAAUUGCACCGCUGGUGUUCCUGGUGAUGUUCCUUUCUCAGCACUUGAUGGUAAUAACUAUACCCAUUGGCAACCAGCCUACAAAUAUGACGAAGGCAAAUUGUUGAUAGAUUUAGGUGAGGACAAUUUGCAAGAAAUCAAGAGCGGAAUGAUUUUAUGGGGCCAAAGACCUGCUCGUAAUAUGAGCAUUUCGAUUUUACCACAUACUUACGAAGUGGAGAAGUUUGUGUCGAAUUUAACUCAAGUGCUGGAGCAUUCGGAUUUGCAAAAAAUUGAGGGUGAGGAUGCCUCAGAAGUACUCGAAGACGUCGGUAUUGAUACUAACGAGCUGCGUAAUUUUGAGUGUGAUGACGACAUUAGAACGAUGUUAAACUGGAAAACAGAGACUUUGGAAAGUUUAGUCGACCAUCUGAAAAAAUCCAAGAUGAUUUCUAGGCAUUUCGUCAAGAUACUGGACAACUAUUCUAUCGAGCCAUCUGAGCCUUACUUCAAAGAAGUUUACAACAAGUCCCUGAUUGAGAUACUUCCUAGCAAUAAGACGGAGUUCAGCAUCGAUUACGACGCUCUGAAAUUGAAUGAUACUGCUUGCUAUUCCAACGACUCUAUCCAGAAUUCAACCGCUUGGAGAAAAACAAGAUUCAUUUUAGUCAGCAUCCAAGGGAGUUAUGAUGACGAUAUUGACAUUAAAGGUGGUACGAUCAAGGAGAUCGUAUUAAAAGUUUGA